AACGUCAUUUUGAAAGCAGCGCCUCUCUCUCUCUAGUCUCUAGUCGCUACUCUCUCCUUGAAGAAAACCCCAGGCUGCCUCAGACCCUUGGAAGUUCCCCUCUCUCUUUCUGGUUCUCGUUCGCAAAGGAGGUUUGAACCCAGAAACCUUCCCUUUUUGUUUUCGUUUUAUUUUGUUUGGGUGUAUUUUGAGGCCCCCAAAAGCUUGUAUGGCGGAGUUUCCUCCUAACUUGGACGACGGAGAAGUAUGGCUUCCCUCUGAUAUUUUCCUCAGCCAAGUGCCCUCCAGGCUAACACCCCACCACCGUUCUUGCAUGGACGACUUAACGGAACGUUUCGCUGCUUUCACGUUGCUCCAACCUCUCCGAAACGUUUCCAAGCCUUCCCCAAACUUGGAGCGGUUCAGACCGGUGGUUCGUUGCGGUCCAGUUUGUCGUUUGCCACAGGAAUAUAUGGGCGUCAACGGCGGUCUUGAUGUUGAAGAGAUUGGUCACGGGCUAUACGGGCCCUACUUUCCUGGACACAAACUGUCAUACGAGUACCAGCUCCUUGAACCGGCUCAACCUCAGGAAGUUGUUGAUAGCUUUCGGGCUAGGGUUCUGAGGGCUAAGCAAAACAGCCUCCAAAACCGGCUUUUGCCAUUUCAGGGAAGUGGUAGGUUUGGAGUUGGCGGUGGUUUUGCGAAAGAGUCAGGCGGUACGGGUGUCUUUAUUCCCCGUACUUUGAAUACCGCCACCACCGUAAGUGCCGCCACCGCUGAUACAAGAAAGAAACGGGCUAUGGCAGUUUUGAGAAACGGACAGGAGAUCCAAGUGACUCAACAGGGGAGCUACCUGAAUGGGAUUGGUAUGGGCAAGCAAAGGGAAAGCCAUCACUAUCUUCCUCCUGAGACGGGCUUGCCUCAGGACUGGACUUACUGAGCUUUUAUUUACAAGUCUCCUACACUCUUUUCUGCUGUAAAGUGGUCUUUUUGUCUUGAGAACUCAAGGAGAAGAGGAAUAGAAGGUCAAAAAAUCUUUUGGGUAUUGUGUAGUAUAACUAAGGAAACGGAAGAUCAGAUAACUUAUAUUAGGCUUGUUUUUGUGUUUCUAUGUGCUUUUAAUUAGCUGCUUUGUAGAAAUAAAAUAUAUACAAGUGUAUGGAAAGGUCUUCAAUGGGAAACUGAGCUGUUUCUACGGCCUAUAUUAUAUCUUAUUUAUUACAUUAAAUGGUGGUAUAUUA